AUGACGGGCUUUCUCAUACCGCCAUGGUAUGAAGUGGUGGCUCCGGGCCACGAGGAUAUGUAUAUCGCAAGCAUUGUCUGGGGCUUCACGCUGGCCUGCGGCAUGUUCACCUUCAGCAAAGCCGUCCGCCAAACCAGCGUCGCAUGGAAACGAGCUCGUCGAGUAACUGUAUAUGCUUUUAUGGUUUGGUUGGAAUUGUUGGCAUCAAGCACCAUGGGGAUACUAUCCUGGCUUUUUCUUUAUGGCGCCCUUGAACCAAGUUUUCAACUCUACUUCUUACUCGUCUGCCUUUGGGUCGUUCAAGUCCAAAUGCUCAUGCAGAUCAUCAUCAAUCGGAUCGCGCUUUUGGUAUAUGACCAACGUCAGAUAACAAAGCUCAAGUGGAUUGUAGCCCUCAUUAUAGGCCUCAUCAAUGUCAGUGUUUUUUGCAUAUGGAUUCCUGCACGACUACAGAUAUCGAAAAAGAUUAUUUUCAUCAAUGAAAUCUGGGACAGGAUUGAGAAGGUUCUUUUCCUGUUUGUUGACGCCGGGCUUAGUCUCUACUUCAUCCAUAUGGUCCGGGCAAAAUUGCUGGCCAAUGGUCUCACCAAGUACACAGUGUUGUUCAGGUUCACUCUUUUCAUGGUCGCUAUAUCACUGACCCUCGAUAUUGCUCUUAUUGGAACCAUGUCAUUACCUAACGGAUUUGUCUACGUACAAUUCCACCCGUUGGUCUAUCUCCUGAAACUCCAUAUCGAAAUGAAGAUCGCCGACCUCAUCGCAAAGAUUGUCAAGGCGACUAGUCCUAGCAGCGGUGACAGACCCUCUACGGGGACUGGUGCUGGUGCUGGUGCCACGCACUCACGCUCUACUCGGAUGGCAACACUGAGGCCAGCGGACCACAACAGCAACAAGGGAUACUCGGCACACAUCACCGCCACUCAGCCAGAGAGCUAUCGUGAGAAUGAGGAGUUGGGACAGGAACAAAAGACGCAUGAGUUUGGUGGCAUUAGAAAAACCAUCUCAACAACUGUGGUCCAGAAAGUGUCUGAUGAAGAUGAGAUUGGGAGCGAGUCGUCUUCCACUCGCCAUUUGAAGAAGUAG